UUGGCGUAACUUGGAGUUGGAGUUGGUGGAGUGGCUUGGUACGGCAGGCAGCAUCAUGUCACUGCAUAGCCUUGUGGAUGAAGCCAUCAAGUUGUGCAAAGUAGAGGAGACCAAGAUAAACGAGAACAUCCUUCAAUACAGGGAGAUACUGCGCUCUUUGAGACCACAGCAGGAAGACUGCAAGGAAAAAGAACUGACAGAUGAUGUUGAAAUGGACCCAGAUGUCCAACCGGAGGAGAGACCGGAGAUGGAACUGCUGAAUCGAAUGCUGGAGAAGGCCCUCAGAGUUCGCGUUGGCACAGCACCCCAAAAAGACCCUCAGAACUGUACAGGACCAAAAAAAGAACCAGUGGACGCUACACAUUGCAAGGGAAGGGCUCUGACCCCAGGUGGCACCAAAGGGAAUAGAAAUGGCUUUAAAACUACCUCCAGACCCAUCACGGUGGACAAAAAAGAGUCCAGGAAGUCUUCUGCGUCCCAUCUCUACAGGGGUGGAAAGGGGAGGAUGGGUCAUCCGGUAGGUCAUUCAGGACAAGGCAGGGCUAGCAUAAUCAGAGGCUCUGUCCAGAUCCAGAAACGAUCUGUCGUGUCAUCAAAGGGGUUUCCUCCGCAGUCCUCUGGGAAAGCAGUGAAGCAGGCUGGUCCUCCAGGUCCUGUGUCACAUGAUCAGGGUCAAUCACCACAGGCCUCAUCAGCACAUCAUCAGGUUGAGGUGUCCCACAGGUGCAUGUCAGCUGCAGCCACUUCCUUCCAGACCCCUAACGAGGAACCGGUGUCUGUUUCACACAUGGAGGGGACGCCAAAAGCACAUGUCGUUUCACCUCCACAGAAUGGGGUUCCCUCCCAGUUGCUAACUAAAUGGAUCAGUCUAAGGACCAAACAAAGCAGGUUAUGGGACAACGUCCUGGCUCAACAAUCCAAACCUGUGGCGGAGAGGAGUCACUUCACGGAGAGAGUGAAAGCCACUUUCCCCAGAGAGUGGCCAACCAGUGGCAGCCCGGCCGACACCGGGGCUCAGGUGGACAGACUGACACAGCUUUGCACGGACCUGAGUCAUUGCUACCAGAGCGAGCGGCUGCUACUGCUGACUGGCCAGACCUUCAGAACCACUGGCACUGAGCCAGCAACAUGCCAGAAUAGGGAAUAUGAAUCCUUGCUGAUGCUGGAAGGCCUGGAGAAGAUGGUGGCAGACCUCUGGAAACGUGCUGGACAGAUGAGAAAAGAGCAGGAGGCAUGGGAUCGAUGGAGGAGGCCGAAGGGGGAAGGAGCGGGAGCGUUCUGCCCCGUCAGGAGAAGGGGCGAGUGGGGUGACCUGAGUGGGGUGACCCCCUUGCCCCCCACCCUGACCUACAUCAGCCAGGCAGAGCUCCAGGAGGUGGAGAGGCUGAGGCUGAGAGUGGAACUGCUACAGCAGGAGGUGCACCUGCAUCAGGCUCUCUCUGACACCAUGGUUAUGCUCUACACUCCUGGACCUCCCAACCCCGCCGCGCUCCGUGACAUUUACUCCCUGCUUGGAGAGGGAGGGGUGAUGUUCCCUACUCUGGUCCUGGACACGGAACCUGACUAAAGGAACAGGUCAAAGGAACUGAACCGGCCAAAUCACCUGGGUCAUGUUUAUUAGGGCACACGAUGCAACGGAAAACAAAAAUGAAAGUUUCUAAUUGGACAAGUCCAGGUUGCCCCUCCUUGUUUCAUUCGGUGGUCUUCCGUUUGGUGCCUAAUGAACACGACUAAGAAAGACUAUUGAAGAAUAGACCAAUGAAUGGAAUGUCUUAGGAGGGGACACUGAGAACAGAGGAAGAAGAAUGGAGAAUCUUCUGAAAAUAGGGAUUUUUGUGUGUUGGGAGUGUUGAUCUGUGUAUUUAUUGGAGUAAUAAUAUAAUAAUAUGCCAUUUAGCAGACGCUUUUAUCCAAAGCAACUUACAGUCAUGUGUGCAUACAUUUU